CCGGGUGAAAUCACGACUCGGGGCGUCUGUGAACCGUAGGCAAAAUAGCGGUUACGUGUAGAAGGAAAGGGAGGGUGCCCUGAGUGAUCGCUUGUUUCACGCACCCUGCCAAAGAAGCAGGAAGAAGAGGACUGGUUCUGUUCACCUGCACCGGACCGCGCUGGGACACAGGCUUUACUUUAGACCCCGUAGAGUGAAUAAACCCGACUGCUGUUUUGCUUGGAGUAUAAAGCACGCCCAACUUUUAACUCGCUCGGUUUGUGGAAAUCUCCCGUCAAACAGGCGUCCGACACACUCGCCCGGUUGGAUUAAUCGGUUUUUAAGCGCUUUGAAGUUUGGUUACGUUGCAGUCUAUGGAGGAGUCAGAAAGCUCCCGGACCUCUUCAAAACUAUCUUAAUUGGCGUUCUGGAGAUAAACGGAGGUCCUAGGGUUGACGAACGACUUUAGGAUGCAGCAUCCACCUCCAGCCAUCAUGGAGCCGACGGGGAAAUAAGAGACUCUAAGAGAAAGCAGGUUCCCAUGGUUUGGCUCCAGUGUGCUCUUUGCCAUGCCUCCCGCCAAGACAGAUCAGCUGGACUUGUGGGCAGAGUCAGGGCUAGAUGGAGACGACCAGGUGAUUGUGGACUUCCUGUUGCCCACAGGGGUCUACAUCCAAAUGGAGGUCCCUCGAGAGAGCACCAUUCAACACAUCAAACUGCUGUUAUGGAAGGAGGCGCAGACAUACCCUUUCUUCUCCCUGCUAGGAGAGAUGGAGGGUCACAUGUUUGAGUGUGUGAAUCAGGCAGCUGUACACGAGGAGCUGGAGGACGAGAGCAGGCGGCUGUGCGACGUGCGCCCUUUCCUGCCCGUCCUCAAACUCAUCACACGCAACUGCGGACGCGCAGAACGCCUGUUAGACUCGAAAAUCGGAGUGCUGAUCGGGAAAGGUCUUCAUGAGCUGGACGCCCUGCAGGACCAGGAGGUGAAGGACUUCCGUACCAAAAUGAAACGAAUCAGUGAGGAGAAAAUGCAGCGGGUGCAGAUGAUGCCCUGGGGGGAAUGGCUCCAGAGCUGUUACUCCCCACAGCUGGAGACAGGGCCUGACAAUUUGAUUGACAAGCAUGAAGGCGGGAUCAAAAUCACCAUGCAUUAUGAGCAGUCACAGGACACAGCCAGUUUGAAAGUGUCAUUGAAUUGCACAGUUUCUGAACUAAUGGAUCAAGCUCUUAAGAAAUGGCAGACCACUCACGGCCCAGAGGAAGACAUUGGCGCCCGGAGCGAUUAUGUGUUGCGUGUCAGCGCCAAACUGGAGUUCUUGUUCGAUGAUCAUUCUCUCAAUCAGUGUAAAUACAUCAGGGAUUGUUUGUUGGCCAAUGAGAGUCCUCAUCUGACGAUGGUUCACGUCAAUUUCGUAAAGGCCAUGUUUGAUAAGGAAAUCAGUACGAUUGGAUCAGUUCUGGCGCGAAAGAUGUCGAACCCUCCUCUUCCGCUGCCUCCGAAAAAGAGAACUCCAACGCAGUUACAUACGUGUGUUUGGAAGGUUAAUUCUCUGUUUCGCAUUAAUCUUGUGAAGGGCAUUAAGGUGAACGCCGAGGACACUGCAAAGAUCCAGGUUCGAGCGGGGCUGUUUCAUGGUGCCGAGCUCUUGUGUAAGCCGGCAGUAAGCAGCGAAAGCAGUAGUCGAUCUGAACACGUGUGGAACAAAACACUGGAGUUUGACAUCCCUGUCUGUGACCUGCCGCGGAUGGCGCGCCUCUGUUUCGCCAUUUACGCCGUCAUGGACAAAGUAAAGAAACAGAGAUCCACCAAGAACACACACCAGAACAAAUACCAGACCAUCCGCAAGGCAGGGAAAGUGCACUACCCAAUAGCAUGGGUGAACACAAUGGUGUUCGACUACAGAGGACAGCUGAAAACUGGCGACAUUGUCCUCCAUUGCUGGUCCUCUUUUCCUGAUGAGCUGGAAGAAAUGUUGAACCCCAUUGGGACCAUUCAAACCAACCCAUACACGGAGAACGCCACAGAACUACACAUAAGCUUUCCAGAGUACUCGACGCAACACGUUGUGUUUCCCCCUUUUGACAAGAUCCUGGAAAAAGCUGCCGAAAUUGCUGGAGCCAGUGAUUCCAUGACAAUGGGUCGGGGAGGUAAGAAGUUUUACAUCGAGCUGAAGGAGAUCAUGGAGAGGGAUCCUCUGUCUCAGUUGUGUGAGAAUGAAAAGGAUCUGAUAUGGACACUGCGCUAUGACUGCCGAGAAAACUUCCCUCAGUCUCUCCCUAAACUGCUGCUGUCCGUCAAAUGGAGCAAACACGAAGACAUGGCUCAGCUGCAGGCUCUGUUACAGAUUUGGCCCAAGCUAAGCUCUCGAGAUGCUCUUGAACUUUUGGACUUUAACUACCCUGACCAGUACGUCAGAGAAUUUGCGGUCAACUGCCUCAGAGACAUGAGUGAUGAUGAGCUGUUGCAGUAUUUGUUGCAGCUGGUGCAGGUGUUGCGGUAUGAGCCGUACUAUGACUGUGCCCUCAGUCGCUUUCUCCUGGAGCGCGCUCAGACCAACCGCAAGAUCGGCCAUUUCCUCUUCUGGCAUCUCAGGUCUGAGAUGCACAUUUCAUCUGUAUCCGUUCAUUUUGCUCUGAUAUUGGAAGCGUAUUGCCGAGGGACCAUCCCACACAUAGAAGUUCUCAAAAAACAGGUUGAAGCUCUUAGUAAGCUGAAAGCAGUGAAUGAGCUGAUUAAACUGGGCACCAUCAAAACCAAAAACAAAACAAAAGAGGCCCAUCUCAAAGAGGCAAUGAUGACGUGCCUUAGACAGACGGGUUUCAUCGAGACACUUUCUGACCUGCAGUCCCCGCUUGAUCCCAGCGUACUACUCGCUGGAGUCGGUGUGGAGAAGUGCCGAUACAUGGAUUCGAAGAUGAAACCACUGUGGAUCGUGUACAAUAACAAGCUGUUGGAUGGAGACACGCUGGGCAUCAUCUUCAAAAACGGAGAUGACCUGAGACAGGACAUGUUGACUCUACAGAUAUUGAGGUUGAUGGAUCUACUGUGGAAGGAGGCCAACCUGGAUCUCAGAAUUGUGCCUUACGGUUGUUUGGCGACAGGAGAUCACUCGGGUCUGAUUGAGGUUGUGUCUUCAGCGGAUACCAUCGCAAACAUCCAAAAAACAAGCAGUAACAUGGCUGCCGCGGCCGCUUUCAAUAAAGACGCACUACUGAACUGGCUCAAAGACAAGAACUCCGGUGAUGCUUUGGAGAAAGCCGUUGAAGAGUUCACUCUCUCGUGUGCUGGUUAUUGUGUUGCCACCUACGUCUUGGGCAUUGGUGAUCGUCAUAGUGACAACAUCAUGGUUCGCAGUACAGGUCAGCUCUUCCACAUAGACUUCGGCCAUAUUCUGGGGAACUUCAAGUCUAAGUUUGGCAUCAAGCGCGAGCGCGUUCCUUUCAUCCUCACUCACGACUUCAUCCAUGUGAUUCAACAGGGCAAAACCAGCAACACGGAGAAGUUUGGAAAUUUUAGGCAGUACUGCGAAGAGGCGUAUCUGAUUCUGAGGAGAAAUGGAAACUUGUUUAUCACGCUCUUUGCUCUGAUGCUGACAGCAGGCCUGCCAGAGCUCACGUCUGUCAAAGAUAUCCAGUAUUUAAAGGACUCUCUGGCGUUGGGUAAAACGGACGAGGAAGCCCUCAAACAGUUUCGGCAGAAGUUUGAUGAAGCUCUGAGGGAAAGUUGGACCACCAAAGUCAACUGGAUGGCUCACAAUGUGGCUCACCCUUCCUAACCCUUCCAAAUCAACACACGUCAGGGUACUCCGGGAAAUACAAUAAACUACAGUUUAUUUACAAUCUAUGACGACAUCCCAUGGAACAAUGAUUUGAAACGUGGUGAAGAGAUACGCAGUUUCUACAGCUCUUGGAUAUCAACCCCAUCACGACAUUGUGGAAUCAGACGGAAUAGUCUUAAAGAAGGGAACAAAGGAGAGAAUUUCCAUUGAUGUGUCCUUACGGUUCGAAUCGUGACGUCCUGGAUUAUGUGAUCCAGUUUGUGCAGCGAUCGGACUAGGAAGGUUUCGGCCUUUUGACAUAUAGCUGUGACACAAUGCACUGGGACUUUUAAAAAUGGACCAAUCACAGCACAAGCUAAGUGCAUCGUAUCAGACCAAUCCGACAGCCUUACUGCGCAAGAAAUGUUUUAAUUUCUAUGUAGAGGUUUUUUUUUGGUAUGUGCCAGACUACUUUAUUAUGAUGAAAUAUCUUCAAAACACUGGAUUCAUGUUGUAAGACUUUAUUGAUUUUUAGCGUUUUAAUAAUAAAGCACUGUUCCUGUAAGCACCAUCUCUACUUUUACUUUAUAGUGGAAAUUGCUGUAAUGAACAGUUGUGGAGGCAGCACAAACAUAUAUUUUUUUCUGAGGAUCAUUUGAACUAAAACACUGUCUGGGUAAAUAUACCUCUCCUCUUUUCUCCGUGUUGAGCUCACGUAGUUCGUAGCCCUCGAAUACAACUCGACACUCCAUUGUGCCCAAACCUGGAUUAUGGUACAGUUGAAGGAAUUGGACAAAUUGAGGUACCUGAUGUUGAGAUUGCUUUUGAAAUGAUGGGUUAUUUACCAUUUCUGUUUCAGCACAAAACACAGAGAGGAGUAAAAAGGGGAUGUAAAAAGCCUUGCUGUUCUGUCACAGUCUACUGAUAGCGCUGACAGUAGUAUUCACUGUUGUAUUUUUUUUUAACCCACAGACAGUAAUGAAUCAAUGUUUUGUACUACUGAUAACACGAUUUAUGUAUCUAGUGCUGCUUUGGCUCUUGGCGGAGAUGUAUAAAUGCACGGUGCUUGACACUUGAGAGCGAAUGUCUGUGUAUGAAUGAGAGGAAAGAACUACUGUGACAUGAUGAGAUUAUUUAAAGCAGCGCCAUGUUUUUAAAACCAACAUUGAGAAAAUUAUUGACAGGUUUCCUGUGCUGCGAUGGCAGUAAAUUUAAGAGAAAGAUAUGCAUCUGUAAUAUAAGUGAGAUUUUAUACUAAAGCAGGUUAUGCCUGAAUGUCCACUGGUUCUGUACCCGUGAUAUUUAGGGGAGGUUUUCAGUCCUCUUUUUGACGGUGCAAUAAGCAAAGUGUAAAUGUAUAACUAUAAAUCUAUAAUGAGUGUGUGCGUGCUCAUGCUGCUGUAUGUUACGCCACUGAUCUUUUGACUUCACAAACUUUUUAAUACAGGCUUUGCUCUGUCUUGUCCAUUUCAUAGAAAUGCUAUUAAAGUUAUUUUCAUUCAA